AUGGACACGUGGACGGUGCUGCUCGUCCUGCAAGCCUCGCUGGUGCUCCCCCUGGUGCUCCCCUGGGCUGCCGGCAUCAGUACCAACACCCGCACCGCCCCCGCCCCUGUCCUGCGCUUUGUUGCCGUGGGUGACUGGGGAGGGGUCCCCAAUGCCCCGUUCUACACAGCCCGGGAAAUGGCCAAUGCCAAGGAGAUUGCCAGGACCGUGCAGAUCCUGGGCGCAGACUUCAUCCUGUCCCUGGGGGACAAUUUCUACUUCACUGGCGUGCAGGAUGCCAAAGACAAGAGGUUCCAGGAGACCUUUGAGGAUGUGUUCUCUGCCUCCUCACUCCGCAACGUGCCCUGGUACGUGCUGGCUGGCAACCACGACCAUCUGGGGAACGUCUCGGCACAGAUAGCCUACUCCAGGAUCUCCAAGCGCUGGAACUUCCCCAGCCCUUACUACCGCCUGCGCUUCAAGAUCCCACGGUCCAACGUGUCCGUGGCCAUCUUCAUGCUGGACACGGUGACACUGUGUGGCAACUCGGACGACUUUGCCAGCCAGCAGCCCGAGAGGCCCCGCAACCUGGCGAUGGCCCGCACGCAGCUGGCCUGGAUCAAGAAGCAGCUGGCGGCGGCCAAGGAGGACUACGUGCUGGUGGCCGGCCACUACCCCGUGUGGUCCAUCGCCGAGCACGGGCCCACCCACUGCCUGGUCAAGCAGCUGCUGCCGCUGUUGACCACGCACAAGGUCACCGCCUACCUGUGUGGCCAUGACCACAACCUGCAGUACCUUCAGGAUGAGAACGGCGUGGGCUUCGUGCUGAGCGGGGCCGGGAACUUCAUGGACCCCUCGAAGAAGCACCUGCGCAAGGUCCCCAAUGGCUACCUGCGCUUCCACUACGGGGCCGAGAACUCACUGGGUGGCUUCGCCUACGUUGAGAUCAGCCCCAAAGAGAUGAGCAUCACUUACAUCGAGGCCUCGGGCAAGUCCCUCUUCAAGACCAAGUUGCCAAGGCAAGCCAAGUCUGAGCACCAGCACCGAUGGGGGCUCCACGCUGGGGCCUGAGUUAGGGGCGCCUCCCAGCUGGUGGGUGAGUGGGUCCCGCUGGGACCCCCUGCCCAUGGGCAGGCUUUCUCAAGGGCCGGUGGUGCUACGGCAGAGCAGGAAGGAGAAGGACAGAUGAGAAACUGUGGUGCCACGUGGCCUUUGUGACAAGGAUGCCCAUAUACGUGAAAGAAGCAUGGACACGUGUUCCGGCCAGAGUGCCAGGCCCCUUGGCCGGGCUCGCCCAGCCUGAG